UCUGGCUUAGGGUUUCCCAGGAGCUGUGACAGCGACCCGUAAGAUGGCUGCUGCCAUCCCCGGUGCUUUAAGACGGACUGUUAAGGUGGAGGAGCCGCUGCCCUCGGCGGCGGCUGCCCCAAGCAUUGCAGCAAAUUCAAGCAAUAAAAAAAACCCAAACCAAACAGCAAACCAAUAACAACCCCGUUUCUCUUAAAUUUAAGAGAGAAUGAAUAUUUUUAUUAUUUUUUUUAAGUGGCCGAUUCAUGUUGAAAAUAAAUAGACGCUCUAUGGUAACAUCCACCUAAGAACUCUUCGCUUGUAUUUUUUUUUUUUUUAAUGCCGGUUAAGUUUCUACUUUCCUCCCAGGCUUGAAAAUGAAACUGCUCUUGCUUAGUUUCGCUUUCAGCUUCCCCCACCGCUUUUCUUCGGUAGCAAAUGUUACAAGCGAAAAUCGCAUCUGGAACAACAUCUUGGCUCCUAUGGACCACUUAAUAUCCAUGCCUGAACAUAGACUUCUUGUUUUUUCUGGGAGACACUGUAGCCCAAUAUGUUCGUUCUUUCCCCCCCCCCCUUUUUUUUUCUUUUUUUUUUUUUUAAAUCACCAGCUUCUCCUUUAAACGGUAAGCUACUGAUUUGUAACCCAGCAUCAACUUUGCACACCCACAUACAAAUGAAUUACAAGUUUCAAUUCUGAAAAUGCAUUUAAUAUUUUUGCACAGGUGAGUAACUCCGCUGGUGUUUAUUAAGGCCACUCAGCAUGCAUUUACGUCUGAAGCUGCACAGGCGAGCAUUCACAGGACCACAGCCUAAGCAAAUGACCUUCUUCUUUCAAUUUAUUCUUCAAGGUCCUUAAAAACCUGAUAAGUUUUUGCUUCCAUUGCAGUACAGUCAAAACUGAAAGUUGUUAUGAAGCAGAUAGAGAGUUUGGUUAAGUGCCCAAAUAUUUGUUUACAUUUCAUGGUGUGCCUGUGAGGACCUAAUGGGAACAACACUGCUUUCUUGCAUACAGUAAGGCACUGGUUAGCAUAAAGGCAAAAAAUACUCUUGCUGCAGUUCCUCCUUGAAUCGCCAAGAGCAUGGCUGUCUUACAAUAUUAUGUCUUUUUUUUUUUUCUUCCUUUUUACCUUGCUGCUCACUAGAUAACCAGAACAGUAAGUCUACCAGCCUGUGGCUACGGAUACAGUUACUAUAGUAACAUUUAUAAACACUAAUUUCACUACACACUCAGAUCUACUGCCUGCUAAUGCAGAGAAACAGCUUAGAAAGAAAUCACUCUUUGACUGCAAAUAGGUAAGUCUUUUUCUGAACUUUAAGCCUGGUUUAAAACAUUGUUCUCAUUUUAACUUUGUGCAAAUACAUUGUUUAAAAAAAAAAAAAAAGCUUGACUUUGCCUUAAACUCCUCCAGUGACAAGUAAAAUAUUAUAUUGACAAUUUUGGCAGGAAUAAGGAAUGGAAAGAUCAACUGCUGGCCGGAAACAAGGCACUAUAACUUGGGCUAUGUUGACUUGUGGUGGCUUCAGUGAAUAUAAUUUGGCCCUGAUGGGUUGCACUACAUUAGAAAAAAAAUUAUGCUUUGUCAUGUGAGUGUAUACAAGUCAUUCUUGUUUUCAUAUAUCCAAGCUGGCUUUUUCCGUUGCCUGAAUUGACAAGCAAGUAAUACUUUCUAAUUGUGAUGCAUGUGUAACUCCAUUUGAGCACAACAGAAUCACUCGGGUGCUUAUUUUUCAUCAUUAAAUAUGCACUAUGAAGAUACUAAAUUAGAUUCAAACUCAAAGCAUUGUCUAAAAAACCCUCACCACAAUUUUCAGUUUCUGUCCUUUGGGGCAUGUCAGUGGGUUUGCGCAAGUCGAACUGACUCUGAAGCCAGCAUUUAGCAAGGGCUGGUGGGAGCCAAGCGAGCGUAGCUGCCUGCCUCCUGCUUGCGCUGCUUAGCUUGGAAAUUCAGGUGAGUAGCCCCAUGACUACAGGAAGACUACUCAUCCGCAUCAAAUUAAGCAGGCCAGGAGCUGGAUGCGACACGAGUGCCAGCUCCUGUGAUUCUCAGGUCUCUCUCAGGCUGCUGACAGCCCCGAGGAGGUGCCUGCUCAGAGCUGGUGCUCCCAGGAGACUUGCCUCUCACGUUUGUUGCUCUCGCCAGAAUUCACUGUGAACACUCAACAGGCUUAAAUGCAAGAGGGUGUGCGUUAUUCCAGCAAGGGAGGCGGUUGAGUCACAAAAGAGGGAAUUAAAAUGCAGUUUCGGGUGUGCCUGGUUAUUACCUAGUUGUCAUUUGGUGCUUUUGGGGCCUAUCUCGGUCACGUAAAUUAAAGAAUCACUCAACUAAUAGCAGCCUAAUGCUGAAUGCUGCCUCUCUGAGAGGGACCUCCCAGCCUGCUGCCGUGGGAGCCCACCCAUAGCCCUCAUCCCCGUCUCCCAGCCUAGUCGGAGCAAGUGUGCCCAACCCAGCCCCUUCUCCCUCUCCUUUGUUCAAGAUGGGACUUUCUUCCUGCUCUCCCACCUGUUUUUAUUCUUGCCAUUCAAUGCAAAUGUAAAAAGCGGAGCUCUUGCCCCUCUGGGGAAUUUCUCCCAGUAUAAAAUCCUAUUGUGUCCUUUCAUUAGUGCAUUCCUUGUGGGUGAAGUGGCCUCCCUCUUGGCCACCGCGCAUUCAGGACUGCUAUCAAUAUUUUCUGAAUCACUGGAAGUAUUAAAGUACAAAAGUUUUGUUCAUUAUGCUGCCUCUAGCAUCUUGUCAGCUUCCCAUGGUGCUUACAUGUGACUUCAAUAAUGCAGAUGGCAGACCUUCCCACUAGGCCUCUGUCUGUUAUAGGGAACCUUGAACUCCAAUCACCCAGUUUUUAAAGGAAAAAAAUUUUAAAAAGAGAAUAUGCCAUUGCAACACUCAUGGCCAUUUAGUAAUGCAAACUUCUCGUUAAUGAUGGAGCACUUAGCAGUUUUUAUUCACUUUUUACCCAUAGGAUGCUCUUCUUGACUACAGAGUUUUGAUUUAACAAAAACCAAGCGAGAAGGCUGAAGGCUGGGCUCACCCAGCACAGGACUUUUACUGCCUUUGCCAGUACAAUGUGGAGUGUGUGUGCCAAGCUCAGAAGCUGCUUGUUAAAGUUAUUUAGCCAUCUGCAGUCACUACAUAGGCUUACACUAUGUUAUUUUGUGGUAGUGAGAGCUCUAGAUUGCUUCACGCAAACAUGGGAUGUACUACCUAUUUUUCCUUUAUAUUUUUUUUCUUCUGCCUGCGACAGGGUUUUUUUUUGUGUGUGUUUUUGUUUGUUUAUUCCUUCCUCUAACAUAUUUUUAUCUUCUUCCUGUUACUUAACAUGUGGCAGAGAUCCCCGCAAUUCUCUGGAACCCCACUCAGCAUAGUUUGUCUGCCUAUGCCUUGGCAGUUUUGCUGAUCACCCCAUCCCGGUGUAGGGCAGGUCCAUUGGUGCUGGCAGCCUUACAGACCCCUGGGUGACUGGCACGGGCUCAGCUGGCAGGAGGUAGGAGGGAAGGGGGCUACUUUCUGCUAGCUGCACUGGAGUAGCCACUGACCAGCACCCUUGAUACAACAGUGAUUUAGAUAAUAAAACUCUGCAUAAAAAAAAUAAAUGAAGUUACACUGGUCUAAGCACAUUUGACCGUGCAAGCCCCCUCCUGGGACUUCCCCAUAUCCGUGAGGGAGAGCACCUGGAAAGCCUAAGUACUAUCGAUACCACUGCAAGCACCAUGGCUACUCACUUGGCUAAACCAGAGAAACUAAACAGAUUAAAGACCUCUCUUUAGACCAACUAUAAUUGCAGUGCGUGCAGCUGGAAAAAGCAGAGGAACCCCAGGAGGACAGCAGUAACCCCAGAUGUGGGUUUGUGGGGUGAGGCAGGCAGGGGGUUGCUGGGAGGAGAGCGCAGGAGGCAGAGUUAUGUUAUCUUUACCCAUCUUCCACUUCUGCCACAGCUUUCUCCUUGUGGAUACCCAAAACCUCAAGCAUCUGCUGUGCCUUCCCUCCCUUGCCAAGCCCAGCAGGCUUGCCGUCUCCACUUGAUGCUUUGCAGCCUCUCUGCCCGAAGCAGGCAUUCGGUGGGUUACAAACUGCCACCACUGCCCCACCCAGACAGACCCGGCUACCAGGAACAAGUGCAAAGUAUCUGGGGUGUAGGAAGAGCUAUUUCUGCCAUUUAUUUGCUACUCCCAUUUCCCAGUUUGAUACUUCCUCUCAGCUGAGGAACUGCAGCUGUGCCCAAGCAGUGUCACAAAUUGUAACUCUCACCUACGAAGACCUAAUGAUGGGGACUGUUUCCACUUCAUAGGAUGACACAAAACUGGUGGGCCUGGAAUCCCAAGAUUCCAGUCUUGGACAACCCUUGAGAUAAGUCUAGAGGUGGGAGUGUUCCCGAGGCAGGCUCUGCCCUUGGCACGCUCCUGUGACUCACCAGGUUCAUCUUUAUCUCUUCCUACACCUUUCACAACAAGUCUUCCUUGAAGCAGCAUCAUUGCUUCUGGAGAUACAAAUGACAUGGGAGGAAAAAUCUCAGGACAAAACAAACCCACCUGAUUUUGAACUUUCCAGAGAUGAGGAAGAUCACCUGGAGAGGGUCACAAUUGCACCUGAGAACGAUGAUUCCAAACACAUUUCAAUUUUUUGCUCUGCAUGUCAACAAACAAUAUAUCCAUACCACCUUCUUUAUCAUAAAAAAACCCACAAAGCCCUAACUUUGCUGGGCUUUGACAGCCCACAAACGAAGACUGACAAGAAAACACUUUUGGCUCAGAGACAGAAACUAGUUUCAAAGUUGACCAAGACUCCUAAGUAUUCUGAGACACAUAGGCAGAAGAUUGAUUAUUCAUUUGAAUUCCUUAUGAAUAAUCACACUUCUACAUCAUACUGUGAUCUUGCCAAUAUUAAUGCUCCCAGUACUUUUACGAAAGUAAAUAAUUCUUUAAUAAAAGCAUUAUCAAUUUGCCAAGAUAAAAAUUCCACAUGGCAAGGAGACAUGGAAGACAGAUUUAUCGUGCUCGACAACUAUGGAAAUAGGUCAGAUACGUGUUUUCUGGGGCUAGUUGAUGGUUCUCAUGGUGUGACAGCUGCAGAAACAGUUGCAGCAGAGCUUCCACUUCUAUUCCUUGACCAGCUUGCUCAAAUGGAUUCCUCCUACAAGAAGAGUAAGAAUGAACAGCAAAUUCUAGAUUCCUUUGCCACAGUAAUCAAGGCAGAUUACAGGGAAAAAGAGAAGAUUUUCACUGAUACACGCAGCAAUGACAAGACCAACAAGACUAAUACUUACGAGUGGAUUCACAAAGCAUACGCCAAGUCCUUUUGGAGAAUGGAUAGACUUUUACGACUGGGAAGGAAUGAGGUUUCCAAAGUUCGCUGGAGUGGCUGUUCAGCGGUUACCUGUUUGGUGGAAAGAAUCCCCAGCGAAGAGACAGAUGACACUGAGGAAGAAGAAAGAAAACAUUCUGAAAACACCACACACCGUCCAUUAGCCAGGGCAGCCAAAGGGGUUGCUGGGUUACUGCAGAUUGCUAAUAUAGGUAAUGCACAUGCUGUCUUAUGUAAAAAUGGAAAGAGCCACUGUCUCUCAAAAGAGCACAGCACUUCUAACAUGAGUGAGAGAAAACGCGUACUUCAGAAUGGUGGAAACAUCAGCACUAAUGAACCAGAUGGGUUAGUAGAGGGGUACCUGAGAACUACAAGGGGUCUUGGACAUCACGGAGACCCCAUACUGAAAAGAUCUGUUAUACCUGUACCUCAUACUAUAUCUGUCCCUAUCGAUGAUACUUGUCAGUUUCUUAUUUUAGCUUCUAAUGGGCUUUGGGAGGUUUUGGAUUACAAUGAAGUACUUGCAUUAACUCUAACAACAUUCACUCAUUAUUUGAGAAUGCAUGAAUGUGUUCAACAAAAUGGGACUUCUCCAUGUAAGUUUCAGUAUUUGAUGCCCCUCACUGAAGACAACUUAAAUGACUCAAAGGCUAUUCAUGAUCUGCAAGAUGGAAUAGAGAUACCAUAUCCCAAUGAAGCUAUUUUCCUCACUGACUCAAAAGGCAACCUGAAACAAAAUAAGCCAAAAUGUUCUAGGAGGAACUAUUUGCCAAGUGAAGAUGGAGUUCCUAAGGAAACCGAUGACCACAAAAAUCAAGCUGAUCCAGAACAGUCUCUUUUCAGUAACAAUGAAGUAAACUCACUGAACAGAGAGAUAAAACAGUCCAAUUCUACCACACAAGGUGGCUCUGAAGAACUGAAGCAGGUUGAGGACAGAAAAGUUUAUCUAUGUAACAGUUUUCCGCCACAGUCACAGACUGCAGAGCGAGAAGAAACAGACACCGACACUUUCUGCGCAACAGGUCCAAGUUGCACCUAUAAACAGCUGAGAGAGAACGUACUGGCAGUAGGGUCUAAAGACAUAGAACAGCCCCCAAAAGAUACAAGAGCAUGCCUAUCUAACUAUGACUCAAUUCCACAACUGGCAGAAAAAAAGGACUCCAAGAUAUUUUGUGACAAACCUGCAAGUUACACUGGUCAAGCACUGCUAAAGACUGUAACGCCAGUGGGUUCUAAACCACCACCACAGUUCGAAGGCGACACAAAAACGCACCCGCUCAAUUGCAAAUCACAAACUGCAGGAAGAGGCAGAAUCACCUCUGAGACAUUCUACGACCACGCAGCAAGCUAUAUUAGUGAACAACUGGUAAAGACUGCAUUAGCUGCAGGUUCAAGAGAUAAUAUUACUAUUUUGAUUGUACUUCUAAAUGGAUGCGAUAAGAUACCCAAUUACCUCAACAUUUAAAAAUUUAUCAUACGAUAACUGGAGCGCCACAGUACAUGUAGUACAAGCUUGUAUUUAGCUGUGUCAUGAAUUUACUUGUAAUUGUCUUAAAUGCUGACCCAUGUAAAUCAGACAUCUUGUCUAGAAAUGUGCAAAUGCAAUAAAACCUUCUGAAACUCUCAAUAAGAAACAGUAAUAAAAAAAAAUCUUUUUU